UGAGUCUGCUUUCAGCGAGGAAACAAGAUGUCUGCUCCUUCGACACCGCGAGGAAGAAAGCGUUCUAGAGCAAGUCCACCACGUAUGUAUUUCACAAUGACAUAGCUUGUUGAAAGCUUAAUGAUUCUAUUAUAAGAUUUUCAGUUGAUAUUUUCGCCAAUGCAAGUUUCAAUGCAAAAAUAUAUCGAUCUAAUUUGCACACUUAGUUCGGUUUGAUGAUCGUAAUCAUAAAUUCUGCGAAAGUUUCCUGACAAUUUUCACACGCGGGCAUCGUUCAAAUAGUUCUAUACUAAUCAUCUGAGAGUGAGUUGGCUUGUAAACGGUUAAAUCUAAGGUUAUAACGCGGGAGGUGGAGGAAAAGAUCUUAAAUAAGCUUAAUACAUUUUCGGUCGUAAAUAUUCUAUUUAUUGUUCAUUAUAUUACUUGUACACUUUUGCAAAAAUAUUGAGAUAAUUAAAAUGGAAUUGAAAUUGUUCACUUGAUCAAAGACAUUUCCGGCUGGAAGAUGCCCUUAAAGAUUCAAACCAUGAGCCAACUUGUAUUUAAAAUGUCCUGAGCUAUAAAUCCUUUAUAAGCCAGAUCUAAAACUUUUAACAAACUUAUAUCUUUUUAGCUUCUGAUGCAUCAAAUGCUAGUACUCGUAGUACCCGUAGCAGCCGCAGGGGCUCACGUGCUACUUCUCCAACAGCCCCUCCUGUGGAAUCCCCUCCUUCUCAGCGCCGUCGUGUAGAAGAGCCAUCCUCUCCGCUACCCUUAGCUCCUACAUCUCCAUCAGAAGGACAACAUGACCAGGAUCGCUCACAGUUCUCAUCACCUCAAACCAGAGGAGGGCUGGAAACUAGUGAAAUUGACUUGAGCUCACCAUUGAAUUAUGCUACGCCAAGCUCUAGGGCUGCUGGUACACCUCGUGGCAGCAUGUAUCCUUUUUCUUUUGCCACUGGAAAGUAAAAUGCUAAAUAUGUAGCAUUUGUUGUGAUAGCUAAAUUCUGGUUGGUCUAAGUGAAAUUUACAGUUUCCUGGGAAAGAGCUGUCAAGAUUUUCAAUUUGCAAUCAGAAGGUUGGAAUUGAACUGCUAGGAAGUUUUUUUGGCUCUAUUUUCCCUUUGUUUCCUAUGACAGUAACCAGGGGAAAUUCCCAACCCUCUCCUCUUAGUGGCUGCCCUGUGAAAAGCCUGAGGUGCUUUUGAGAAUAAUGUCUUAGGUUAGUUUAUAGAUCUAGUUUCAAGGAAAGAUAUUGUUAUAUGUAGUUGAGGGUUUAAAAGCUGUUGAAGCUGUCAAAAUAUCUGCUAUGAUAUGUCUUGGGAAAAGUACUACUUCCCUUAACAAAGCAUAGUGCUGGCACUCCCAUUAGGCAUCGCAGUGACAUCCGCAGUGAUCGGCGCAUGCGUCAAGUAAAUCUUGGAGACAAUCAACCGGUUAGUGUUGAACCUGUUGUUUAUCAGUUUAUGAAAUAGAUGAAGAGUUCUUUUAACAGCAAUCUGAACUGCCUCAGAGCAGAACUGGAGUCUAUCUCUACGAUCUUUGUUACAAUGAACAGGGGAGAUGCUACUGUUAUUGAAGAGUGUAAUCCAUGUAAUCGCCACAUCACUGUAUGUUUUUUUAACUAUCUCAGUGAUUGCUACAAUCAUUGCAGGUAUAGUGAAAGGUUUCAAUAAAAAUACCGUAAAAUUCCGAAAAUAAGCCCCUCCAUGUAUAAGCCCCUCCAAAUAUAAGCCCCCCAAACUCGUAACGCUAAAAACCCUCCGUUAAAUUGCCCCUCCAAAUUUAAGCCCCCUGGGGGUUGUACUUGGAAAUUGCCCUCAAAUACAAAGUAAAACAAAGCAAAAACAACUAUAAGGCGAGCCCAAUCGAUUUUCAAACGCAAAUUUCCCUCCGUAGAUAAGCCCCUCCGAAUAUAAGCCCCUAUAAAAAUAAGCCCCUCAAAAGGGGCCUUUGAAAAAUAUAAGCCCUGGGGCUUAUUUUCGGAAUUUUACGGUAUGAAAGCAUGUAAUCUCCUUUUAGCGUCCAGACACAGCACAUAAUUCCAAAAUGCAAGAUACAUAUUUUUCUUCUCCUCUCAGCCUUCUGAUACCACAGACCAACCUACUGGACCAACAAGUGAUGCAGCUGCUGCAGCUCCUGCACUGGUCAUCUGGGGAACAGAUGUGGUUGUGAGUGAGACAAAAGAGAAGUUUAGAAAGUUUAUCUCCCAGUUUGUAGAUGAAGAAGCAGAGGACAUGGGUGAAGGCUUUGAUCCACUUCUGCCAGUUUACAUGCAGCGCCUUGAUGAGGCAAGUAGCAAAGUGCAUAACGAGCUGAACUGGCCAGUCAUGUCAAUCAUCAAAAGACAAGGCUGUUCUCUAAGAAAAAUUGGUGGGAGCCCAGUGCUCAGGGUGCCCAGUAUAUGAUUUCUAUGAAAAAAGCCAUGAUUCUCUAGUCACCCAGAAGCAAAAGUUAGGUGCCAUGGGCCACUGGCCACUGCCAGAGCACAGCCUUGAUAGAGCUGUGACUCUUAACAAUUUCGUGUCUAAUUUUUGUCAUGCAUAUUUUUCACACUAUCUUCAACCUUUUCUCGACACUGAAGUAACUUUACUGAUUGUUUUCUUGGUUUUCAUUACUUCUAUACAAUAAUGCAGUGUUAUCAUUAGGGGAACCCAUAAGAUUUUGGUCACUCUUUUAGGUUCCAAGGGUAGGUUCUGACUUCAAAGGUUAGUCCUGUCACAGCUAGCAAUAAUGCAUCAACUAUUCAUGUAUGAAAGGUACCUUUUAAAAAAAGAAUGUUUUAAAUUCAAGCUGAACCUUGCAGUUGAAGUCACUGUUUAUAGAUGAACUCUUGGCACAUUGAUUUACAGUGUAGAAGUCACUUAAGUUCAACCUCAAAGAAAGACAACACUAACUGAACUCCUGACUUCCAGAUUCAUGUACUGGAGACACCAUUCUUGAACAUCGACUGUGGCCACUUGAAGACAUUUGAUGCCGACUUAUACAGACAGCUUGUGUGUUAUCCACAAGAAGUGAUUCCUACGUUUGAUAUGGCUGUUAAUGAAGUAUUCUUUGAAAAGUACCCAGGUGCACAGCUCCAACAUCAAAUCCAGGUACUGUGAGAAAAGUAUUUCACCUAUGAACAAAGAAACCAAAUGAAGGGUUCAGUGCAAGAAUGACACCUUGAUUUUUUGGUCAUUUUUGAAAGUGCUUCAAAGUUACUGAAUUUUUGUAUGUGACAUUUGAUUAUUAAACAAAGACUGGUCUAAACAUUUUUUCACUAGUUGGCACUUAUUUUUCAAGAGAUGGUGUUAAGAUGUGGUGUUGAAAUUUGAAACAAAGAAACCAAUUAAGUUCCUUUUCAAGCAAAAUUAAUGGAGCAGGAAAUUCAAGUUUGACAUGAAUAACAAUGGUGUUAUAAAUAAUCCUUUAUUGACACAGCUAGAAGUAACAUUUUCCACCUAGCUCAGUCGGUUGGUUGUGCCGAAAAGGUGUUCCCUUAAAGAGUUUUUUUCAACCCCAAAAUAGCUUAUUGUGUUUUUUUAUAACAGUGGGGAAAAUUUCAGCCCAGCCAAGUUUUGUGGAUUAUUUCAUUUUAUUAAUUGAAAAUGGAUCUUGGUUCAUUUUAAACCAGGAUAAAGAGAAAUGUUAACUUGUGUUUUAAUUUUGUCUGGUGGUGUUUUUUAGGUCAGAACUUUCAAUGUAGACAAAACAAAGAACAUGAGAUCUCUAAACCCAGAAGGCAAGUUCGUUUUUUCUUUUUACAGAAGUUAUUAAUAAAAAAUUGCUAUUUAUUGGAGUAGUUUUACUAAAUUAAGCAGCACUUAGACUAUAUUUUGAUUGUCAGGAAUGUAGCUGUAUGGUAGCUACAUGGAGUUGAUCAUAACAGCAAUAAAUUAGUACAUAUUACUGUCAAACUUGGAAAAUCACAAAUUUCAGAAAUGUUGAUUGUGUAGUGACCAAUCACAACACGACAAUCUGCAUGAUGAUGUCAUUUUAUUAUAUCUACCAGACUCCUUCAAUUUGUUGUUUUAUUGUGCAAACUAGGGCUAUUGUUUUUUAAACUUCACUUGGAUUGCCAAAUUUAAAUAAGAAAGCAAGAACAAAAUGAAUUCCGGUCAAAAGUUGUCUUCUUGAAAAUAGCCUUCUAAGUUCAGGAUACAUGAGAAAGCCUCAAAACCACAAACUAAUCACCAUUGCUGUUUUUGGUUUAGUUUUUCAAGUCUUAUUGGCUUUUUCCUUACAACAAAGUAACAUUCUGUUAAUAUUUCUGAUGUUCACAGUUCUGUGUGUUUCACUGUAAUUUUUAUCGCUCAUUGUGUUCAAUUUAAUUUUUAGACAUUGAUACUCUUAUUACAAUCAGUGGAAUGGUGAUCCGAACAUCUCAAGUCAUACCAGAGAUGAGGGAAGGUUAGGAUUAUAAUGCUGUGAGCUUUCUAAUUUAUAAUCGGAGCCUUGUGAAAACGUGUUUGGUUAAGUAAGUUAUUGAUGUUAUUAGGCAGCUCCUUAAAAUGUCUUAUAUCCUUAGAUCUCUUUACACAAAUUGUCCAUAUUGACAGAAGUAAGGCCAUUCUCUUGGUAAUUUGUCUGCUGUUUUCCAUCCAGCUAAUGGUGUGGAUGUGAUUAAAUGUUUUCCUUUCAGUUCUUUGUUUUCCAUUAUUAAUAGUUGCAACAUGACACCGCACUGAAAAGCUGCCUCUUUUCCUGUUUCAUUAAAAGUGAUAAAAUUUCUGUUUGUUUUUGGUUUUAGCAUUCUUUCAAUGCUAUGUCUGCCAUGCUUCAGUGACUGUAGAAAUCGAUCGUGGUCGCAUUUCUGAGCCUGCCCUGUGCCGUAACUGCAACACAAAUCACAGUAUGGUGUUGAUUCACAACAGAUCGCAGUACACAGACAAACAAAUCACCAAGCUGCAGGAAUCUCCAGGUUGCCUAUCAUUGUUAUCAUUUUAAUAUGAAUUUUAUGUCCAGUUUGCCUUGAUGGCUGAAGAACAUUUCUUUGAAUCUCAUUUUGUAUUUUCUUGUUUUCUUUAGAUGAUAUGCCUCCUGGUCAGACUCCACACACGAUCAUGCUUUUUUCACACAAUGAUUUAGUGGAUGCAGUGCAACCCGGAGACAGGUAUGUACUCUUCUUAAUAAUUUUGCUUGAAAGUAGACUACAUACCGAGUGGCACGAAAUUUUUUUGGGCUCUAAUUUUUGCGAUUUUUCCAGCAAUCCGCAAAAAAAAAUUUCCGCAGAUAAAAAUGACGUUACACAAUUUUCCUGCGAAAAUUUACUCCAGAGUAAAUAUUCUCUAACUUAAAUUCGCUACUGGAAAUACAUUACUAAGAAAUCGUGUCUGUUCUAUUACAACUUGGCUAUUUCAUUCAGAAACAAAAUGGUAUACAAUGAAUACUGGUUUUACAUAAGGUGCUUACACUGUAGUAUUGUUUGAAAAUUUGUAUUUCCAUUGCACAUACUCAAUAAAAAUAAAUAUCUUCAAUGUGCAGGGGCUGGGACUUUCUGAAAAGUGCAAAAAUCAAUUCCCAGCAAGGAAAACCAGUCUGUCCUGAAUGCAGAAAUUAGUUCCUGCAAAACACCAAAAAUCACUAAUCUGUAAAAAUAAACUCCAGCAAAAAUCCCUAGCCACAUGGUACUCGGUCAAUUACCAUUCCAAUUUUUGUUGAUCCUUCAUUAAAGCUGUUUCCCUCUUUUUAGAGUGACGGUGACAGGAAUUUAUAGAGCCACACCCAUGCGUGUCAACCCACGACAGCGGAAUGUGAAGGCUGUUUACAAGACAUACAUCGAUGUUAUCCAUUUCAAGAAGACAGACAAGAAAAGGCUUUAUUCCAAAGAUCCUGAUGGGUAUGAAAUGGAGUUACAGUCUGUGUUUAGCUUUUGUUUUGCUUGAAUGUCAUUGGAACCCCAUUUAAAUGAACACCACUGGGUUAUAAAAUCGGGGUCAAAAUAAUGAGGUGGUCUUGUUUUCCAGGUCUUAAAAAUGAUAUAAUGACUCAGUUUUUUUGUGUUUGGAUCAAAAGAAUAUGGUUUCAAUAACAAGGUGGUUUUAUAAAUGGGGUGGCCACAAGCCAGCAUUCCACUGCAGCUGAUAAUCCUGCCACUUCAUUACUUGAAAUCAAUUCCAUGCCCAUUCCAUUACUCAAGAGCACUGCCCAAAAGACAAUAACGAAACUUUGUUGCAUGUAUUGGAUCGUGAGGAGUUUGAGUUACAAACUGAACUGUCUUUGACCAUAUUUUAAUGUUAUCUUUUAUUUUAUUUCAGUGUUGUGACAUUUACUCAGGAAAGAGUUGAGCAACUGCAGCAGCUGGCAAAACAACCUGAUAUUUAUGAAAGACUUGCCAAAGCACUGGGUAAAUAAAACAAGGAUGAAAUCUGUCUACAAUCAAAGUUUUCAAGAAAAUAGAUUUAUUUCACAGAGACAAGAUAAAAGUUUUCUCUCAAUGUUUCUCAAACAUUUUGCUUUGCUUUGAAUUGUUAUGAAUCAGUCGUGAAUUUUAGCCAUGCAGUGACUGUCAUCUUGCACUUUUUGUAGCCCCAAGCAUUUAUGAAAAUGAAGAUAUUAAAAAAGGAAUCCUUUGUCAGCUAUUUGGAGGAGCAAACAAGGACUUUUCUGACACUGGGAGAGGAAAGUUUAGGUCAGUAGUUAAUAAGAUAUGCAUACAAAUUAUUUCUCUAUCUCCUAAUGUUAAAAAAAACUUUGUGAAAGUUGCUUGUUUUGUUUCUGAUGUCAGUCCAUGUUCUCAUUUUAGGUCAGAAAUAAACAUUCUUCUUUGUGGUGAUCCUGGCACAAGCAAAUCACAGUUGCUCCAGGUAUUCAGGGUUGUAGUCUAGGAAUGCCUCUAGGCCUGUGUUGCCUUACUUUGGCUCUUGGGUGACUAGAAAAUUGUACUGUUUUCACCAAACUCAUGCUUGGCCACCUGGAUUGGAUUGGGAUGACAUCCUUAUCAUCCCAGUUGUUCCAGUCAUCCCAGUCACCCUAGUCAUCCCAAUAAAUCAAGUCACCCUAGUCAUCCUAGUAAUCCACCCUAGUCAUAUCAUUCCCCCGAGUCAUCCCAGUCAUCCCAAUCACUCUAGUUAUCGUACUCAUCCCAGUAAUCCACCAUGGUCAUUCCAGUCCCCCAAUUCAUCCCAGUCAGCCUGUUCAUCCUGAUAAUUUAAGUAUUCCAGUCACCCCAGUCACCCUUGUCUUUCCAGUCAUUCCAGUCACCCUAGGCAUCCCAUUCAUCACACUCAUCCCUGUCUUUCCAGGCUUUUCAGUCAUUCCAGUUAUCCCAGUGGAACAAUCUGGUAUGAAAUGAUCUGACUGUGGAAGGAGGUGACCCUUAACUGACUGACUGACUGACUUAAGAUUUGAUUAAGGCUCAUUGAUCUGGGCUAUCGUCAGUUUUUCAUAAAGCACAGUCUUGGAAUUGCAGUGAUAAUUUAGCUUUAUUUUUAACAAAUGCCUCUUAGUAGUUGGUGGACUUAAAUUUAAGAGCUUCAGACGAUAAACAGUCUGUACCAACAAAGCAUUUGUUUGAUUGUUGUUGUUGUUUUUUUUCAGUAUGUGCAUAACCUUGUUCCACGUGGACAGUACACCUCUGGCAAAGGUUCCUCUGCCGUGGGUCUGACGGCUUAUGUCACCAGAGACCCAGAGACUAGACAACUGGUGUUGCAGACGUGAGUCCUUCGUCUCCAAACACCCUUAACUUAUACUUAUUCAGUCAUAGUGGUGACAAAUGGUAGCCAGAAAAUUAUAGGUUUUAGAAAAUUUUAUCAGAUUUGAGGUCCCAAAAGUAUUUUUAUAGGGCUUCUCUGAAACGUGUGUUUCUCACUGUCUCCCAGUCUUAAAAUUUUCCCUGCAUUUCUUUAAAGAAAUGCCUUGGUUUGUUGGCAAGUCUCUGAUUCUACCAUUUGCUGCCCCUAGUUAUGACAAUUUUAUGUUCAGACCUUGAAAAAUUCCCGGACUCUUUACCUGGUUUCUGAAUGUUUUUUUCUUUCCCAACAGUGGUGCACUUGUUUUGAGUGACAAUGGUAUCUGCUGCAUUGAUGAGUUUGACAAGAUGAAUGACAGCACCAGAGCAGUUCUUCAUGAGGUCAUGGUAAGUACUUUCAUAAUGGCAAACAACUGUAUUUUAAUAUGUGAAAUAACAGAAAAUACAGUCAACCCCAUUAAUAUGGACACUAAGGGGGCCAUAGAAAGUGUCUAUAAUAACAAGGUGUCAUGUUUUUUUAUUUAACCCUUUAAGCGCCAAUAUCCACAAGCAAAUUCUCCAAACUGAUCUCUAUACAUUUCUUUUAAGAAUACGUUGAGAGAAUGUGAGAAAAGAUCAAAGCCUUUUCCCUUUGGUGAUCAAUUAAUUAAUUCUCAUAACCUAAUCUCUUGACAUUGUAUGGAAAUCGUUAGGAGAAAAUUGAUGUUGGUCACUAUUGAGACUUAAAGGGUUAAAAAAUACACAUCAUAGAAGAACAACACACUACAGAAAUAAAAAAUGUUAUUAGGAAAUCAGCGAGGAAAAUUCCCAGACUCAUUGAAUUCAAAGUAUCUUUUUGAAAAGGUACACUAGGACAAAUUGACUUCUAAACAAUAAAGAAUGAAAGAAGUUUCCUUGUUGUUUGAAACAGUUAUCGAUUCCGACCGUAGUAGACGGUCAACUUACGUUCUUGUAGUUAGGACCGUCGACCAAAUCCUGUGAAAUCACAGUGGGAUCCUAAAAUGACAACUGUAGAAAACAUUCAGUUACCCCACACCCUGCUUUCUAGGUGAGCACAGUGAAUUAAAAUUCAUUUUAUGAUACAUUAAAACCUUGAUGUGUGACCACCUUUCAUAAUCGACUACCUGCCAUAAGCGACCAUAUAUCCAAAGCACUAAAAUGUUUCCAGUCAAAGCCCUGUUGUUGUAACCUCUGGUAAGCGACCACAGCCACAGUUUUGGUUGAGGGUUCUAUAAAUUUCCAUUGUUUUUCACCUGUUGUAGGUGACUACUUCACCUAAAGUCUGAUCUCUAUUUUCGCAGUGUGUACUAUGCUACUAAGAGUGUGCGAAGAGCUUUAAGUGGCAACAUUGAUCUAUACAUAUCAUAACUUGGGAUUUACAUAUAAUAAAUUCUUUACCCAAAAGUAGUUUUCUCAGGUACGUCUUCUUAAAAGACAUUCGUGCAGUUUAAAUCUCACAAGUGACUAUCUCCUGCAGUUGAACACUAAAUCUUAGCUUUUCGGGAUGUUGCUUUCGGGAGGUUCAACUGUGUAUGGUGUGCAGUUAAACUUGUUACUGAGUGGCUAAUGUUGCAUGUUUCUCUUUCAAGCCUUGACCUACAAUGGUGCAUAAUGCCCUGUGAAAUCCAAUCCUGUAUAUACAGUAACUAUAUUCUAACAUUGUGUUCUGUUGUUUAUUCUCUCAGAUUUGAUCUGAUCUUUUUGAUGCUUGAUCCUCAAGAUGAGUUUUAUGAUCGUCGACUUGCCACUCAUUUGGUGUCCCUGUACCAUCAGACACAAGAGGAGGAAGAAGAGGAAUUUCUGGUGAGCAAAACAAGAUUUUUUUUCUACUUCUCUCUGGUUGUGUUUUGCACCAUCUGGGGUAUUUCAUUUUGCACCAAAAAAUGUGUCAUUGCCUAACUGUGCCAGACAACAUCAAACUAUAAAGUAACAAAGAACGUUUCCAGUAACACAGCACCAUACUUUCCUUUUCCUGCUUCCAUUCACUAAACCAUGAUUAAUAUUUUAUUUCAGGACAUGAAUAUUUUGAAAGACUACAUUGCUUAUGCACGGUCAUAUGUGAAUCCAAAACUGAGUGAAGAAGCCGCCCAAUAUCUCAUCCAAGCUUAUGUUGGUAAGAAACACAGCCUGGGAGUGUCGCAGGAAGACUUUGGAACUGUUUUCAUGCAUGUUCUUUUCUUGUGAAUAAUGAUGGAAAACUGCUACCAAAUAUAUAAAGUGUACACUACAAACUUUGUAAUAGUGAUUGUGGUUAAUGGACCAUAAUUUCUAGCAUCAGUUUUGAAAUCACUUUAUCGAGGCCAAUUUAUGAUAUCAAGUCUGUUGAUAAAACCCUUUUCUUUCUUUCACUCCCCAAUGGACCAUGAACCAGAGUAUUUGUAAAGAACUGAACCAUUUAUUCCUCUCCACCCACUCCCACUUAUUUAAAGAUGCCCGGUAGUUAGUAAAGACAGAUUCUUAAGUGUCAUGUAGAACAGGCUCUUUCCCUUGUCCAUCCAUGUUUUAUGUGUAACUGACUUCACUGUGCCGUCGAGCCUCUACUAAUGGCCAUCGCUCAACAACGGCCACCUCUCUACAAUGGCCAAUUCUUUUUGCAGACAGUUCAUUCAUUCACUCUUGUUUCAACCUCUCUACAACGGCCACCUCUUUACAAUGGCUACUUUCUUCUGUCCCCAAGGUGGCCAUUGUAGAGAGGUUCAACUGUAUUAGUUUUGAGACCCUGAAUGUCAACAAAUCUUGAGGAAUUUCACAGGGCCAUGUCAUGAGGAUAUUGCUGUUUGAGGUCAAUUCUGUGCUGAAGUCAUUAAUUAGUACCUUUACCCAUACACAAAAUGCUCCUGUAGAGUUGUGAAGAAGAUAUCAAACAAACUUCAUCAGGCAGAACUAACCAUAAUAAUUUCUUCAGUGAUUUUUGCUGGCAUAGCAGUAAAACUUGACAAAGUUUACCCAGCCUUUCAAGUUUCAAAUCCAUGUUCAUCCUUGUCAUCCGCAGGAAUAGAUGACAGGAAACAGUUUCAUUGCCUAAAUAUAGUCUGAAAUGACUAAAGUGUACCAUUAUUUUGAAGAGAUUUUGAAAUUCAAUUCGUGACAUACUUCCAUUAACUGUAACUGUUGUAAAUGUUGGAAAAUAGUAGCCAGAAAAUUUCCAAUACUGUAUAUUUCCUUUUACAGAAAUGCGUCAGGUUGGCAGCAGCCGUGGUGCAGUCACUGCUUAUCCUCGUCAGCUUGAGUCUCUGAUCCGCCUGGCGGAAGCCCAUGCCAGGAUGAGGCUGUCAUCAAAAGUUGAAAAUGUGGAUGUGGAGGAAGCUAGAAGGUAAAAGCUGCAAAGAAAGUCAGCCAUUCGGCCAAGCUGUGCUAGCAUGCUCAUGCUCAAGCUCAAAAAGAAUUUUUGAUAAGCAGGAUAACAGUUCUUCUGUAAUUUGAAUUCUCCGAAAAACUUCCCUUACCCAUCAGGCAAGUUAAGAACCGAAUUAAGUCAAUUAACUAGCCCGAUAGCAAAAUCCACUAACCUCACGGUAUCAAACACGCCUUUCUUUGCACACUGAUCUGUAUAAUUUCAAGUCCCAGGGAAAAAGGAUUUUAAGUCCAAGCAUUUGUGAAAGUCUGUCUCCAUACCCAUUUCAUAGUCCCUACGGGUUUUAAAAGUUCUGAAACGUCUUAUAAAACCUAUACAAAUUGCCUUUCUAUGUUGACCUGUUGGAUGGUUCUCAUAGCGACUGCUCUUACUUACAAGACCAGGGUAACAACUUGAGUAGAGCACUAAAGUUUACAUAUUCAAUUUGAAACUAGGAUAACCGUAAACAUAAAAAUAUUAUUGGAAUAAGUUGUGUUGCAAGGAAGAGCUACCGAAUGAGGCACGAGAAAAGUAAACCACAAGUGACAGUGGUUUUUAGUUUCUGGUUUGUGGCUUUCUAGCAUGUCCUUUGACCUUUUCUCUUCACGGUUUUCUGAAUUUGACAUUAAUUUAGCGAAGGCCAAUUUCAAGCUGUCAACGAAAUAUUUCAUUGAAAAGUAAGAAAAAAAGGAAAUAUAAAUUUUCAUGCAUAUUAGCUCUGUUUCUUCAGUUAACACCUGAAUAAUGAUUCUGUUCUAUUCUUGCCUGUAGACUUCACAGAGAAGCUCUGAAACAAUCAGCCACAGACCCCAAAACAGGGCUGAUAGAUAUCAAUAUCCUAACAACUGGCUUGAGCGUGUCAGACAGAAAACGUCGGCUUGAAAUUGCCAAGGCUCUGAAGGAACUGUUACUAAGCAAAGGCAAAACACCCAGUGUCAAGUACCAACAAACUUACGAAGAACUACGAGAAGGUUCUGAUUUGGUGAGUGAAACUUCUCAGCUACAUUCAAAGUUUGAAUUUAAAAAAAAUCUCACUCAGACUUUCACGCCCAAAUUUCGACACAAGCACUGGUUUCCCUGCGAAAUGACAUCUGAUUGGUUGAAGCAAAAUUCCCACGCGGCACGGACCAAUCAGAAGCACUUCCUAGAUGUGGUAAGUGACAGGUCAUCAGUAUGGAGUUUCUACAGCCGUCGUCAUUUCGCGGGAUACCAGUGGUAGCGUCGCGAAAUGUUUGCUGUUUUCCCAGGCUAGCUUCGGACGUCUUUGUGAACUGUUUACUUUCCAAAAAAACCUGCUCACCACGUGACCAUGGUGAACACCCGGGGCUCACACUGAUCGCAGCAUUUUUCCGAGGAAAAGUGUUCAAACUCACCCUCUGACAACUUGGUGUGGUAAUAGCAGUCAACUCCAUCUAAAUAAAGGCCUUAGCAUUGUUGUUGAGUCUACUUACACAUAGCUCAGUGAAGCACUGCCAUUACUUAUUUGGCAAGAAUUUAAAAAAUUGCUGUGCAAUUAUUAGUAAUUCAGUGCAAAAGGUAAAGAAAGUUCAUCGUUUGAUUCGUAAACAGAUACAUUAUUAACCAUUCCCUAAUUCUUUUCAAUUUAUUUCAGCCCAUUUCCCGCGAACAGUUUGAAGAUGCUCUCAAGAUACUGCGAGAUGAAGACUUCUUGAUUGUGACUGGGAGGACAUCCAUUCGUCUGAUGUAACCAUGCCCUGAAGAUUUACUUCAUUGAGAAUAAUGCAAUUGUAGAAAGUUUAUGGGCAUCAUGUAUCUUGACCAGCCCUGUGAAAGCUUCCCAACCUCAUUUCGCUUAGGUCUUGCAUUCGGUUAAACGUGCAUUCCCUUGGUCUUUUCAAAGGUUAGGGCUUCACUUUUGUAGUUUCACUAGAAAAAGAAAACCAAGCGUUUUCUGCUGUAUAUGUUGUAUAUUACGGUUAGUCCUUGGGUAUGCGUUUUACGUAAACUGACUGAACUAAUAAAUUGCACGGGUGUAGUUGUCUGUUGUCAGUGUGCUUUAACUAGGGGAAAGUUGUGGAAAUUUUGCCAAGACCUCACUUCUUCCCUUGAAAAAUAAAGUCCAUUUUUAUAAC